UGCGGGGUAUGGGGACUGGUUUGUGAAAACCGAUCAUGAAUUAAGCAAGCACAAAGCCGACACGUGGGUCCCACCACACCCCUUGUUUCUUCCUUUGCACUUCAUUCACUUCCCCUGUUUUCAAAUACAUUUUUUUAGCAUUCUUCUUCUUCCACAAUUUGGCUUACUGGGUGAGGAGUAUGUCGGUUGUGGAUUCUUCACCAUACCCGGUUGAUGAGGAUGAUAAUGAUAAUCUUGAGUUGGGUUUAGGGUUGAGUGUUGUUGGUGGUUGUUUGAAGAUGAAGAAGAAUGAGGCUUCUACAAUGUUGGCUGCUCCUCAAGAUUAUUAUUAUUCUUCUUUCAUGUCUUCUGUUAACAACAUCCCUAAUAACAGAAGAAGAGCUUCUGUUUCUUCUCCUAAUGCAGCAGCCAGCGUGGUUGGAUGGCCUCCAAUAAGAAGAGCUCACCGGGUGCCAAUCUUGGCUAGCCGCAUCAAAUCAGAACACGAACAGUUUAGCUCAAGACCCGAAGCCAACAACACCACCAACAAUCAUCAUCUAAUUGUAAAAGUGAACAUGGAUGGAACCGUAAUCGGAAGAAAAGUUGACCUUUAUGCUCACACCUCCUAUGAAACAUUAGCUCAAACCUUGGACAACAUGUUCAAUGGAAGUUGGUCAAGCAUUGGAACAGUAGGAUCUUCAAGAUUGUUGAAUGAAACAUCUGAAUAUGUGCUUACUUAUGAAGAUAAAGAUGGAGACUGUAUGCUUGUUGGAGAUGUUCCUUGGCAGAUGUUUCUUAGCUCUGUGAAAAGGCUGCGGAUACUCAGAAACAUCAAACUGUAGCAUUGAGGUUCCAAGAAGAAAGGAGAGGGAUGUUAAAUAGAUUUACAUAGGUUGUAUGCGACACGUGUCGUGCCACGUCACACAUGGGCAAAGUUUCUUUUGAGGAACUUGUUUGUUUAGCCAGUUUUGGUGGUAUCUAUCAGGGUUGGUGUUUACUUGUUUAAAUUGGAAAUGUUUGUUUAUUUUUCAACUCUUAUAUUCUUUAUUGGAACCAGAAUAGCUUUGUUAUGGGAUAAACCACGCGAA